AUGGCAAACACGUUCCAGCCUCGCGGAAAUACAGCUCAGGUCAAAUCUGCGGCGAAGCUCCGACGAAUACUCCCCGUACCAGCGCCUCCGCAGGUCGCUGGCCUGCUCAACCUUCAGCCGAUGCCGUCUCCGAAGCAGAUCCCGAGACCACCCAGGCAACGGACCUCAGUUAUCAGUGCGGCAUGCGAGGCCUGUCGAAAGCGCAAAGCAAAGUGCACCGGCGAGAGGCCUGAAUGCCGCCCUUGCGUAAAACGCGGGCAGCAGUGCCACUAUGCUACAGAGCCCGCGGAGACGAGAGCGCAGGCAAUGAGGCGACAACACGGGGCGUUUCUCAAAGAGAGGUCGGUCUACGAGGAGCUUUACGGGGUGCUGAUGGAUCUCUCGGACCUUGACGCCGUGCACAUGCUGCAAAGGCUGAGGUCCGGCGUCAAAGUUGAGACCGUGGUUAGGCAGAUCAACGACAGCGACCUCCUGCUGAACUGUUCGGGCUCCCAGGCAUCGAAUUCGCCACCACCCACGACGACUCACCGGCGUGGGAGAGGAUACUCAGACCCGGGACCCGCAGCGCUGGGUUGA